AGCCAUCGUUUACAAUCGUCCAAAAUACCGCAAAAAUGGCACCUAAGGAAUACAAAAAAGAGGAAGAGCAAAUUGCAAAGGCUGUCAGCGCGUAUCAAAGUGGUCAAAAUCAAAAUAUCUCGAGAUUAGCGCGUGAAUUUGGGGUCUCUCGCCAUAGACUGUCCCGACGCGUCAAGGGGAUACCCUCUCGCUCCAAAAGGGCACCUACGAACCGCCUAUUAUCGCUAGAUCAAGAAAAAGCGCUUUUUCUAUGGAUUGAGUAUCUAGAUAACAUAGGAGCACCUCCAACAAAUCAACAAAUUGAGCAAAGUGCCAAUUUUUUGCUUCGUGAAGAUUUUACCGGUCCCGGAGAGCCUCGCGGCGUUGGUAAAACCUGGGUUGAUCGAUUCCUUACUCGCUUGCCAGAGGGUUAUCAAAGAAUCAAGCAAAAACCGCAGGAAGUUGAUAGAACAGGAGCCGAGCAUUAUGGCGAGAUUGAGCGCUGGUUUAUCGACUUAAAACUCGUGAUGCAAAAGCUUCAUAUUACACCCAAAAAUCUAUGGAACUUUGACGAGACCGGAUUCAUUGUCGGACAAGGAAAAAGCGAAUCAGUGGUCACAAAGUACCCAAAAACAGCAAAAAGAGUUUCCUCUUUGUCUUCUCGAGAAUCUCUUACCGUCGUUGAGAGUAUAAAUGCCGAAGGGAGAGAUCCGGAGUGGCUUAUUGCUCCUGCUUCAAAUGGAUUUAUCACGGAUGAGAUCGCAUUUGAAUGGCUUCAACAUUUUCAGCACUAUACAAAGCCAGAACAUACGUUCGAAUGGCGAUUAUUAAUUAUGGAUAACCAUACAACCCAUCUCACUAUACAGUUCGUUCAAUACUGUGAAAUUAAUCGCAUUCGAUUAUUCAGAUUUCCACCGCAUUCCACGCAUCUAUUACAACCGCUCGAUGGAGUGCCUUUUCAGCAAUAUAAGCGCGUUCAUGGAAGAGUGGUAAAUCAAGUUGCUCGGCUCGGAGGCUUCGAUUUCAACAAAAAUGACUUUUUUGAGGAAUUACGGGAUAUUCGAAUUCAAACCUUUACUCCGCGAAUUAUUCGCCACGGUUGGAAAGAUCGAGGGAUUUGGCCAUAUAAUCCUGAUAUCGUAUUGAGCAAAUUGCCUCACCCUGAUGAGGCAAUUAUUGAUGAUGGGAAUACAUUAAAAAUUUAUGGCGAGGUCGAUGACACUAUUCCCAGCUCACCAACAACGAAAUCAAUUUCUCCGCCGUCAACGGUCACUGCGCUUCGUCGAUAUAUCAAUAAGAUAGAGAAAUCAAUUGAGGGUAUAAAGGAUAUUUUGGAGGAAUCAAAACCUGGCCUCGUACGGCGUAUAAAAGUCGUGAAUUCAAGCAGCCUCGCCAUGGCGGGAUUAGGUGAGCUUCACCGUGAGGAUUUUGCAAGGCUGCGCGACACAGCAAAACGCAAAAAUAACAAAAAAACCAAGCGCCAGGUAAAAGCCUCAGGCGCGCUCUAUGUAAAAGAUGCGAAUCGCCUCAUAAAACGCCGCCAUGACGGGGAUUUAUUGAGGAUUCAUAAACAGCACGUACUUGGGGUGCCGGAGGCGGAGGAUGCUGAGGCUCCAAGAGAGCCUCAAAACUUGGGUUUUUUCAUUGAUUCUACGGGUAAUCGGUAA